AUGAAACUGGUCUUGGUGUUGCUUGGAGUUGCGCUGCAUGUCUGGACAAUAUGGGCACAAUGCUAUGGCGAUGAUUCUAGGCCAGGUAAUUCAGGAAAGGGUUGAAAAGUUUUUUUAAGUUUAGCAGUAGGACAAUAUCUCAUUAUGAAGUGUUAAGUUAUGUUAAGUUGCAAUUUUUACCAAAAUGUCUCCUAUGUUACUUUUGUCCACUCUUUGUAAUGUUAAAAGUUCCGUUACCAUAAUCAAUAUUCUUUUUUAAGUGCAAAAAAGCCACCGCAUAACUACGAAUGCAAGACAUUAUGGCCCUGUGGAACGUAAUACAAGCGAUCAUGGCACUGUUGUUGGAAGAAGAAUCGAAUAUUUUCAAAGAGAUAAAAAGAAAAGUAAGUCAAUCCCUUCUAGUAUCAAACAAUCAUAGUACGUAAACUUGAGAGAAACAAACUGGGCCAGGCCCCAUCAGGUCUAAUACUGCCUUACACUAACUUCCUUUAGAAACUUUUUUAUUUACUUUUAAAAAUUAGACUAAAAGAGUUAAAACCUUCCCACGGUGUCAAGUCAACAGCACUACCAAUCAGAAGAUUUUGUUUUACAUUAUUUAUUCUCUUACAAAAGAAAGAAUGGUAGAUUGUAAAACAAAGCUCUGAAGAUCUUUUUUCGAACACUAUCGAGCACGCUUGAUUGAUUCUGUGAGUUUCCUUGAGAGGCCGGUUCAAAAAUCAGAUAAAGUUUUCGUCCGAAUAUAUCGUUAUAAUUUUUUACUCCAAUCUCAAAUAGUCACUACACGCUAAUAGUAAAGCUCUUUGAAUCACAAAACCAGGACGUGUUUCCUGAUCUUUCUUCCAAAUAAGAAAAAACUUAACUACCGUAAUUCAAGACGAAAUGCCAAUAAAAUUAUAGUCGUGUUGAGACCAAAAGCUUCAUCGGUGUUAAAACGGUCAUCACAAUAAUAUUUGUUAUGAGAUCGUAUAUAAAAAAGGAAAUUCCUCUAUGAAAAACAAAAUUAUUAGUAUAGCCACAAAUUAAGAAGACUAAAAAUAUAAAAUUUAGGUCCUUCACCACGUCGCAAGCGAUGUUUCGGACCAUUCGCUGCGUUUUUCCCUGCGUCUGCGUUCUCAGCGUCGUCUGCUGCCGCUGCUCAAAGCUACUACUCACAGUACAGCUCAUACUAUAACAACCAUUAUUACGGCGGCGGAGGCGGGGGUGGAGGGGGCGCUGGAGCUGGCGGUGGUGGCGGGGGUGGUGGAGCUGGCGGUGGGGGUGGUGCUGGAGGGGGUGCUGGCGGGGGAGCUGGUGCUGGAGGAGGUGCUGGCGGAGGAGCCGGUGGAGGAGGAGGAGCUGGUGGCGGAGCUGGUGCAGGCGGUGGAGCUGGUGCAGGCGGUGGAGCUGGUGCAGGCGGUGGAGCUGGUGGAGGAGGAGGAGCUGGAGCCGGUGGAGGAGCUGGAGGAGGUGCUGGAGGAGGUGCUGGUGGAGGAGCUGGGGCAGGAGCCGGCGGAGGCGCUGGAGGAGGAGCAGGUGCCGUAGGAGGAGCUGGAACAGGCGCCGCUGGAGGAGCAGGAGAAGCAGCAGCUGCUCCACCACCUCCCGAUCCGCCUGUAGAGUUAGCCGCCGAACCAGAAGUCCCAUUAGGACCAGUAGACGAAAGUACCCUAUCAGCAGACGACCUCCUAUGGGCUCAGCGUCUUCAACGUGAAUUCCCAUUGGAUUCAUGUUACGUGAACAAAGACUUGUUGACUUGUUGUAAUCAAGAGCUGGAAAAGAUCAUGGACGAGACUUAUCGUCUACUACAAGAUGAGCAACAAGAAGAAUUUAGUGCUUGUAAUACCAAUAAGAUUGCACAGUAUAUUGGCCAAAAAGUUGAGGAUCAUUUUGGUCAAAAUUAUGAAGUUGUAGUAGGCAAUGGUGAUUAUGUCAGUAAAUCCAACUUUUAUGAUGAUCAGUUUUGCAAAAUUAAGCGGGAUUCGAAGUAAGUUCAGAAGUACUACAACCUUGUAAGCUUAGUUAAAAAUAAAAUUUCAGGCUUAUAAAUAAAAUUUUAGGCUUACAACUGUAACUUUAGGAUUAAGUAUUAGGCUUAUCACCCCUUCUUUCAGAUUCAUCCUACUCUAUGCUACACCAAAACCAGAAGACGAAGAAAUAGAUGUAGAUGGGUAUAAUGAUAACGGUAAUAAUGGUGAACGUGCGUACCAAGUUAUUGAUUCAAUUACUGAUGGUAACUACCAAGUUAAUGUCUAUGGUGAUAACCAAUAUGGAGAACAAAAUAAUGGCUAUGAUAAUAAUGACAAAGCUACUGGCAACGGGAAUACCAAUGGUAGUAAAAUAAGGGAUGGAGAUACGAAUUUGAAUUUGUAAGUUUUAGGCUUAAAGAGAGAAUUUUAAGCUUAAAAAUAAAUAUUAGGCUUAACGAUGAAGGUUAGGCUUACAAAUAAUUUUUAGUCUUAGCCAUGAAUAUUAAGCUAAAAAUUAAUUUAGGCUUAAAAAAUUUAAGAAAACAUUGAUUACAGGUCUCCAAAAGACAACAAACCUAUUCAAAAGCCAAAACCCAAAAAAACUUCUUCAAAUACAGGCUUCACAUGGAUACCUAGAAGCGGUCAUCUACGUCGUCGAAGAAGAAAAUUUAGGUAUUUGGUCAAUAGAACUGUUAGAUCAUAA